UCCGAGGGAGUUUUCUCGUGUCCCCGCAAAGUCUGGAGGCUCUCUCCCUGCAGCCGAGGGCCGGAGCGGGGCCGGGAAAGGGCGCGCUGAGCCGUGCAGAGGCACAGUGGCCGCGGAACGAGGUCCCUGCGGCGCACGCUGAGGCAGGAGGUCGGGGUCCCCAGCGAGGGGGCUGGGCCGGAGAAGACCUCGCGGGCGGCUGGGGGUCGGCCGGGCGCCGGCGCCCAGGCUGUUGGGGGAGGUUCGGGGCAUCCUAUCCUGGCCAUGGGCGCCGGCGGGGGAGGGACUCGCAGGUCCCCUCAGGGCUCCCGGCACUUGACUUGGGCAUUUCCCGGGUUUCCCAUCGCCAUCCAGCCUCGAAGCCGGCGGGACUGAAAAAGGGCUGCAGCCAAAUAUUCUUUUCCCUUUGAGGAGAGGGCCUAAGCCCGUCAGCCGGAGGGGACUCGAGAGGGCUGCCCGGCCCUCGGGGAGUGGAAGGAGCGGAGGUUGAAGAGGGCGUCGGGAGCGCAGCGCGCCCUCCUGGACCACCAAAUGCCUCCUGUGUUUCCCUCUCUGCUGAGUGGGCUUGGCCGCGCUGACCGCUCAGGUCGGGAGGGACGGACUACGCUUGUCGGGCUCUGACCGUGCCGCCUUCAUGUGGCUGCUGACGGGGACCCAGGAGGGAACGGGCAUGGGGCGAAGCCUCGCCCUCGCCGCUCCCCGCCUCCCAGGCGCCGGGGCUGGCGAUGUGGAGACGUGAGGGGACCCGCGGCUGCCCCGGCUUCUCCCGGACUCCAGAAGGCACCCGCGCGUGCCUCCGCGCCCAGGGCAGAAGAGGGCGGCGCGGAGGGCCGAGGCGGGCGCACCGGCGGGCGAAGACGGAGCCGGAGCCCCAGCCUCGCCAUGGGGCAUAACGGCAGCUGGAUCUCCCGGAACGCCAGCGAGUCGCGCAACGCGUCGGGCGCCAACCGCAGCGCGCUCGGGGAGGUCGGCGAGGCGCAGCUGUACCGCCAGUUCACCACCACCGUGCAGGUCGUCAUCUUCAUAGGCUCGCUGCUCGGAAACUUCAUGGUGUUAUGGUCGACUUGCCGCACAACUGUGUUCAAAUCUGUCACCAACAGGUUCAUUAAAAACCUGGCCUGCUCGGGGAUUUGUGCCAGCCUGGUCUGUGUGCCCUUUGACAUCAUCCUCAGCACCAGUCCUCACUGUUGCUGGUGGAUCUACACCAUGCUCUUCUGCAAGGUCGUCAAGUUUUUGCACAAAGUCUUCUGCUCUGUGACUAUCCUCAGUUUCCCUGCCAUUGCUCUGGACAGGUACUACUCAGUCCUCUAUCCACUGGAGAGAAAAAUAUCUGAUGCCAGGUCCCGAGAACUAGUGAUAUACAUCUGGGUCCAUGCAGUGGUGGCCAGCGUCCCUGUGUUUGCGGUGACCAAUGUGGCCGACAUCUAUGCCAUGUCCACGUGCACGGAAGUCUGGAGCAACUCCUUGGGCCACGUGGUGUAUGUUCUGGUCUACAACAUCACCACGGUUAUUGUGCCUGUGGCUGUGGUCUUCCUUUUCUUGAUACUGAUCCGCCGGGCCCUGAGCGCCAGCCAGAAGAAGAAGGUCAUCAUUGCAGCACUGCGGACCCCGCAGAACACCAUCUCUAUCCCCUAUGCCUCCCAGCGGGAGGCCGAGCUGCAUGCCACCCUGCUGUCCAUGGUGAUGGUCUUCAUCUUGUGCAGCGUGCCCUAUGCCACGCUGGUCGUCUACCAGACUGUGCUCAAUGUCCCUGACACUUCUGUCUUCUUGCUGCUCACGGCCAUUUGGCUGCCCAAAGUCUCUCUGCUGGCGAACCCUGUGCUCUUCCUCACUGUGAACAGAUCUGUCCGCAAGUGCUUGGUAGGGACCUUGGUACAACUGCACCACCGCUACAGUCGCCGGAACGUGGUGGGCACGGGGAGCGGGAUGGCUGACGCCAGUCUGGAGCCCAGCAUGCGCUCGGGCAGCCAGCUCCUGGAGAUGUUCCACAUUGGGCAGCAGCAGAUCUUUAAGCCCACGGAGGAUGAAGAAGAGAGUGAGGCCAAGUACACUGGCUCAGCUGACCUCCAGGCCAAGGAGCUACUUCCCUCCUGCCUGGAGGCAGAGCGGGAGCCACAGUUUGCAACCCCUGCACCACCCCCGGGCACAGUGGACUCUAUAUCUCAGGUGGCAUCAGCAGUCCCUGUGGAACCUGAGACGUUCCCUGACAAGUAUUCCCUGCAGUUCGGCUUUGGGCCUUUUGAGUUGCCUCCCCAGUGGCUCUCAGAGACCCGAAACAGCAAGAAGAGGCUCCUUCCCCCCUUGGGCAACACCCCAGAAGAGCUGAUCCAGACAAAGAUGCCCAGGGUAGGCAGGGUGGAGCGGAAGAUGAGCAGAAACAAUAAAGUGAGCAUUUUCCCCAAGGUGGACUCCUAGCGAACCUUGAAAAUGCCUGGAAGCAACAGACCUUCCAUGUUCUUGCCCUCCCUUCACUGGGCCUGUGACUUGUAUGAUCUCAUUGCAACCCAGGAUGGCUUGACUCCUCCUCUAUGGGCCAAAUGCUUUUGAAUGAGAGGGAAACCUAUA